GCUUUUUAUUCGCGUUUCGCGACACAUCGCGAUCAAAACAUAAUGUUUUGUAUUCUGUCUGUAAUUUAUCGAAUUUUGUGAUAAUAAAGUUUCUAAAAUUACUAAAAAAAAAAAAAACUGAUUACAAAAAUAUUAGAAAAAGAUUAAAAAGAUUAAAAUUGUGAAUAAUAUUUAUUUAUAUCCAUAGUGCGUGAUUUUAGUAGAAAUAUCAACCAUGGAUGAUCAAGCAUGUCCACGUUGUAAAACAACAAAAUAUCGAAAUCCGUCUUUAAAAUUGAUGGUUAAUAUUUGUGGACAUACUUUAUGCGAAAGCUGUGUAGAUUUAUUGUUCUUAAAAGGUUCCGGUUCAUGUCCAGAAUGUAAUAUUGUUCUUCGUCGAACAAAUUAUCGCGUUCAACUAUUUGAGGAUCCAAUGGUGGAAAAAGAAAUAGACAUAAGAAAACGUGUGCUACGUGAUUUUAAUAAAAAAGAAGAAGAUUUUGCAAGUCUACGUGAUUAUAAUGAUUAUUUAGAAGAAAUUGAGACAAUAAUAUUUAAUCUUUCAAAUAAUAUUGAUAUUAUUGAGACAAAUAAAAAAAUUGAAAAUUAUAAACGUGAGAAUAGAGAGCAAAUAUUAAAAAAUAAAUCGAAAAUCAAUCAAAAAGAAAUUGAACUCGAUGAACUUAUACAAAUUGAAAAACAACAGGAGGAAGAAAAAAUGAUAGAAUUAGCGCAACAGGAUUUAGAGACAGAGAAAAAUAAAAUACGCGAAAGAGAAGCACUUAUACAGGAGCUUAUUUAUUCUGAAGGUAAUGCUGAUAGUAUUGUUAAAACAUUUGCCUCGGCAAUACAAGCAUCAAAAGAAGAAAAUAAAAAAGUUGUAACAAUGCAAAAAGUUACUCAAUUUAGUUCGGGAAUUAAAUUUGGUAAUCAAGGUGGACAUAAUUUUAUGCCAUUGCCAAAAAUUGAUGACGGUCCAUUAUUUAAUUAUGAGCCAAUUAUACAGGAUAUUGAUGGACCAUCACCGCCCGAUUGUCGUCAACUUCAAGUUCGUGGUUAUAUAAAUCAUAUUAGAUUAGAAAAUCCAUCGGAAAGAGCUGGUGGUUUUAAGGCAAAUAUUGCUUGUCUCAGAGCACUUCAAGAAGCAAUGGUUGGCUUAUAUCAUAAUCCAUUAAUAAAACAAAAUGAAUCAAUGUUCUUCUGACUGUUCGAAUCGACGUAUAGGUGUUUCUCAAAUUGUUAUAUAUCUAUAUAUAUUAUAAAAAAUAUAAGUUUCAAAUAUGAACAAAAUAAUAUUCAAUAUUGAACUUGUAAAAAAAAAGUCUAGGGGAAAAACGAAAUUGAAGUAUGCAAAUCGUUUAUAUAAACGAUUUUUAAAGAAAUAAUUCUUUAAAAUGAAAAAUUCUACCUGAAAAAAUAUUUUUUUAUAAUUUGUUGAUUAAUAAAAACUAUACAAGAAAUAUUGUUUUAGGUAAAAAAUUAUAGAAUUUUUCAUUUUAAAAAAUUAUUUCUUUAAAAAUCGUUUAUCAUAAACAUUGCGUACUUCAGCUUCGAAGGGGGGAAAAAAAAGAGUUUAUUUUUUAAGAAAGAAUCGUACAAACAAAAGUAUAAAAUCUUUAAAUAAAAAAGAAAAAAAAUGUAAAUUUAAUUUUUAACAAUUAAAAUUUUGCAUUUGUAUAUGAAAAAAUACAAUUUCUCGUUAAAUAUGUAGAAAGUAAAAAACAAUUUUUUUUCCUUUUAUCCAAAUGCAAAUUAUUUUUAAUAAUAAAAAAUAAAAUUUCUUAUAUUAUUACUGAAAA